AGUCGCGAAGCCAGCGUGAGACGCCACAGAGCUCGUGCUAGCUGCGUCCACGCGUUCAGGGAGCUUCAGUCCCCCGCAGCGGUCCUGGCGCUUCUAACAAGUACUCGCUCUGCUCAGUCCAGGGUUCCUCGCCAUUGCAGGAACGCGUACAGCUGAAACAGCAGGAGCUGCGGAUCGUUUCUGUCUAGAGAGCACGGCGGUAAAGUCACGGUUUCCAUCAGUCCGCAGUGCCGUAAACACUUAAUUCACCAUCGGGUAUAACUGAAUUAACUAGUUGCUACACCCUCGCCAUCGCUGGAUCUGGGAUUAUAGCCCAGUCCAGUCGCCGGGGUCUCGAGAACAGUUGGGCACACGGUGUACUCCCCAGGCUGAAGUGAGCGUCGUUCUCCGCCACGAUGAAAGUACUACAGGAGGACGUGCUGAAGAUAGAAGAUGCGGACGCCUGCAUCAUCGCCAAGGAUCAGAACGGCCUGCUGCGGCUCGGCGUGUCCGCAGCUGGCGAGUCUGACAACGCGGCGGCGGGCGUGAGCGAGGUGCUGCCCUGGCUGCUGGUGGCGGCGGCGGCGGCCGUGCGGCCGGAGCGCGUGCGCGCCCUCGGCGUGACGCGCGUGCUCAGCGCCGCGCCCGAGCUGCCCGACACGCCGCUGCCCGCCGGCGUCGCCUUCCAGCGCGUCGCGCUGCUCGACGCCCCCUCCGAGGACCUGGCGCCGCACCUCGACGCCGCCGCCGACGCCAUCGAGCAGGUGCGCGCCUCGGGCGGGCGCACGCUGGUGCACUGCGUGGCGGGCGUGAGCCGGUCCGCGGCGCUGUGCCUGGCGCACCUGGUCAAGCACUGCGGGCUGCCGCUGCGCGCCGCGUUCGCGCACCUGCGCGCCCGCCGCCCCGCCGCGCGGCCCAGCGCCGCCUUCUUCCGCCAGCUCAUCGACUUCGAGCGCGCCGCGCUGGGCGCCGCCUCCGUCGCCAUGGUGCGCCACCCGGCCGCGCCCGGCGCCCUCAUCCCCGACGUCUACGAGCCCGACUACCGCCACACCGUCUGGUUCCAGCAGCACUGCGCCGGCCGCGCUUUCGGCAGGCACUGACGCCGAGCGCGCAGCACAGCCGCGCCGGAGCCUCUCCGUAGGCGUGGCAGACACUUGCAGGUGUCGCCGGCGCCUUCACUCUGACUGUCCGAGAGGCCUAGUGUCGUCGUCAGCUGAAGCAGUGCCCACCGACAACACCCGGAGGGUGUGUCGAGAACUGAGGGCUACCUGUCUGUACCUCCAGUACCCGCCAUGACGGGGCCUAUGACUUCCUUAAACAUUACUUUCCGUCAGGGAGGACUUACUCAAUAUCUGAGGGAUCUACAGCAGUCUCCUGAUCGAGUAUCAGCGGUGCAAUGCCAACGAAGUACAAUGAAAUCGUUGGAGACCGAACCUUAACUGAAUACCAAUUCUGCUUUGGUUAUUCUGUCCAGGAAUACUGGUACUAUGAUACCAACAUACAGUGUGCACGGUUGAAAUUGUUGUAUUUAUUCUUUAAGCUCACUGUACCUAACAUAUUGUUACUAUUUAGACUGAGUACUGUACUAGCCACUGACAAGUCAACUCUGUUCCCUAGGCAGUGUUUAUUCUGACCAUCCGUGGUACCUAACAUCUAUAGCAGAGCCCUGUUCGUUGCCGUAUUAGGCACCACGAGCAAUGGGUAUUGAUGAGAACGUGCUACUUAUGUUCACUAUUGACGGCAAUGUAAUAUGUUCCCAUACUCCAGUCGCACUAGUGAACGACUCACUGUGCACGAUGAAUCCGGUUGGGAUGGGAACUCUUAUUCUGAGUGGGUCUGCCACGGCUCCGCCAGCACUCUCACCAAAGUAUUACCCACAAUGCGCCUAUUCUGGCAACCGAAGAUAUCUACAAUGUCCUCUCAGUCAAGUAACGCCUCAGUAGUGGCAAACUCCAGCACUCGAAUCAAUGGAGAGGAAGUGCUUUCUCUGUCCAUAAUGUCUAUUAAUGUAAUGUUGUGUUCAUCCCAGCCGGGUGAAAUCGUUUCCACUUAGCACCAACUUCAUGGUUUGUGUGCUUGUAAUACAAGGGUAACGGGAAUAAGUGCUGGUAUUUCUGUUGGAUACUGAAGCAAAUAUCUGUAUUGACCUCAUUUGAAGUCUUACAGCUAUAGCCAUUACAAGUCGUGUGUUUUUAGUUUCGUUAGUACCACCAUGUACGUGAGGCAAGAGCCAACCAUUAACGCUUAUUUUUCCCUGCACAGUGGACGCAAAAUGGUUAGUCUAUACUGACAGGCGUAAUCCACUUACAGGCUCAGUUACGACCGUGCAGAAAACAUCAGGUCGUAAAGUUUGCAAACAUGCUUGUGGGAAGACUGAUCGAUGAAAAAAUAAAAUCACACAGCCGACACGCUGAUAUUAAGAUGGCACAUGUAAACAAUCGGCACUUAUAUACUCAUUACAUCCUGUAUAUGCAGAAAGCUUUCAUUCCGACCCACGAGGUUCAGUGAAUGUCUUUUAGACCUUUGCAUCCCGUAAAAUUCACUGGAAAGUGAAAUACUACAUAUCAGAAACCAUCGACGAAAUCACGGGGAAAGGCGUAAAAUAAUAUUGUCGUCUGAUCCAUCUUACAGGAUCACGAUCAGCCACGUACAUCGGAGUCGUGUGACAGAGAAAUACUACGCAAAUUAGUCAUAAGAUCUUGUUAAAAUAAUCACUUUAUUUCAGAUGACUGAAUUACUGUCAGCAGGUAGCACUGAUUACAGACGCUACCCACAGCAAUAUACCUUUGAGCUAUACCUUGUACUCAUUUUUUCAGCUUUUGUUCUCUUAGGGUGAUGCUAGGCCUCCUAUUUACAACACUAAACUACGACACCAAUAUUAAAAUGCUAUGAAGACAGUGAAAAAAGAUUAGUCACGUAAAAGACAUUUCUAGCGAAGUGUGUCACCAUUUUCAGUGUAACAUCUGAGAGGCAUUGUCUCCCCUGAUCCGCAUUAUUAGGCAAUCGGUUUUAUCAACCAAAUGAAAGUUAUAAUGUGCAUUUUUUUAGCAGAAUGUGCCUUCAUUUUUCUGCUUGUUCGAAUUUUUAAUAUGAACUAAGAAAUAUAUAUAUACACAAUUUCUGUGAAACGUGUUGUUGAAUCAUUGACAAAUGUAUUAUCAAACUGAAUGUAGAUUCACGAUGUCCAAUAUUUUUUAAUUGGUUGAGCCAAAUCAUUAAUAGCGUUUAGAAUGUAUGACGUGAAAUUCAGCCUAGUUAACACCAUUGGAUCUAAAAGACAGUGAGUUCUGUCGUCAUAAACAUGCAUCUAAAGAUUGACAGUAACAAAAUACAAAAGGUCGAAAGAGAAAUAUAAUAAAUCUCCUGUUACUUUACACAUUUUAUGUGAUCUACAUAAAGCAUUUUGAUAUCAUUUUACCAGAGUAAGUCAACCACAGAAUCUUUUUGUGUCCGUGCAAAACAGACUGAUUCAUUUGCUACUACUUUAUCUGAUGGGCAACCAUCUUUAGCGAAACAUUUCUGCCUGUGAUGGGAGUAAUCAAGGAUACUCUCAUAAACGAUUGACCUUCAGUGAAUAUUUGAGCGAAACUGAAACUGGCUUUAGUGAAGCAUCUGCACUCCAGUAAGCAAGAGUGGUGUGUUAUUUUUAUAACUCAAAAGAAUUUCAGAGGUGUUCCUUCACAGAUUUUCUGAAAUUCUUUUUCUAAUGGCCUCUGUGGGCACACUGUAGCUUUUUUUUAUCUUAUACAAGUGAUUUGCCAAUAUUUGGCAGAAGCACAUUCCGAGGUAUCUACUUCAUGAUGUAGUUAUUAUAAGACACUAAUAAUAUUUGGUAUUCCAGUUGUAGAAGUUUUUUCACAUUUGUUUGUAUUCUAACAAAAAAUACAAAUUAAUUUCUGUUUAGUUUAUAAGUGAUGUUAAUUACAAUAAAUUAAUACUUUCUUCAAGCUG